AUGACCGAUCUCUGGUUCACGCAUGGCAAAAGUGUGGCGGGCAGUCGCGUGCAAGCCAUCGACGAAAAAUCCCCCGGCCACGAGACGUACGAGCUGAUGAAGCAGAAGUUCGCGUCGUUCGCAAAUCCUGAGUCCAAGCUGCGCUUCCGGACAUUGACCCCGGAAGAACCGGAGUUCUACGGCAUCACCUACGAGUUGCGGAUCGUCAAUUCCGUCGCCAACGUCAUCAGCGCAACGUUCUACCCGAGCCUUGCAACCGAAGAUGGGCUGCCAAGCUGCCAGCUACAGCACCCGUACAAGAUGCAAUUUGAAGAAGACACCGAGAGGGGGGGAAAAUUGGUCCUGUACAGCAGUCCCGAUAAUUCCGAGCAGCUGAAGGAGUGGUUAAAGAAAGAAGUAUUUGAAGCCAUGGUCGAGUGGCUGUACCCACGCCCCCCGUCCGCCCCACCGAAGUCCACAAAAGGGCUGAUCACCGGUGAAGCAUUCGCCAGGACCGACUUGCCGCCCAAGCCUUUUAAGAAGUACAUCUCGGCCAUCUUCUCACCUGUAGAAGCUGCAAGCUUCGCCUCCCAGCACAAUCAAAUGGUCCACCCGACUUCUGGACAGUGCCGCGCGCGUGAAUUGGAACUUGAAAAGAAGAAAAUGCUCCCGGUUGGAAAAAUCUGCGCCCACCUUGAGCCGCGAAGCCCAGGGCACGCCCGCAUCGUGAUCAAGAUGCUGAAGGAAGACCAGAUAGCUGAGUUUUGCGACUGUUUG